AUGCAACCUCAGGAAACGGCUAAACCGCUGGUGGACAGAAUCCUGGCACAACCUUUGCAAUUUCAAGUGGCUACGAAACCCGAUAUUUUGGAAGAGAAUCUGGGUUCGUAUAUAGUGAUUGGAAAAUCGAGCAUCGACGGCUCCACUGGGACCACUGGGACUGGGAUGGACGUCAACAAUGGGGGAGCUCUUCAGAGCCAGCAAACGUCGUUUACUGGUUCUAAACUGGGCAAUGGCAAGGGCAAAACCUGGAAAUCAAUGCCCCGCAGCUUUUCCGAGGCUCUUGAGAUGUACACUGCCAAAAAACCGGUUGCAAAUGUCGACGCAGACCUCAGCGACGGGAAGUAUGCUAGUUCAAACUCGAGCCGGAGCUCUUAUCAAGGUAACGACGAGGACGAAGAUGAUGGGGUGUCAGCUAACGACUCGUCAAGUGAGCUUUCCAGCGAGUCUGCCAACGAUGAGUUCCACGAAGCGCAGGAAUAUGCAGAGAUGAGAUCUGACGGAGAGAGCGAAGACGUGGGUGAGGAUGUGGGCGAGGGCAUUGGUGAGGAUGUGGGCGAGGACAUUGGUGAGGAUGUCGGUGACGACGUUGGUAAAGACCUGGGUGAGGACGAACAGUUUCCCAAUGAACAUUCUGCUGAUGUUGACAACGACGACGACGACAACGACGACGACGAAAACAACAAAGACCAUGAAGAAAACGACUUAAAGGCCAGUGGUUCGGAUCAGACAGAAGACGAGGAUUUCAGAGACGACGAAGACCAAAACGAACACGAAAACGCUUUGUCUGGGUCGGAAGACUCCGACAGCAGCAUCGCAGACAGCGAAAAAUUGGGUCUUAUACGUGAGGCCCAAGAAUACGCCCAGAUGGACGCAUCUGACCUAGCUGCAGUACCAGAGCCCGUCGAAAAAGAAGAAGAAGAGGAUGAAGGUGCCGCUGAAGACGAAUUGAAACACAAACUUCCCCAAAGCAAACGGCCCUCGCCCACGCCUCCUACGGUUCUUUCAGAUAUCGACCAGUUCUAUCAGUUUAACGAAAACUUCAACGAUCGAGGCUCUAACAAGUCUACCCGCAUUCUGAAAAACUGGGGCCCGCAACUAACAAAACUAAGGCCCAAAGGACUCCUCAACCACGGCGUUACUUGCUACACAAACGCUGCAGUCCAAGCCAUGAUCCACAUUCCUGCCAUUCAGCAUUAUCUAUUUGAUGUUCUUCGCGGUGAGUACAAGUCGACCAUAAAGCCCCAGUCGGUGACCCACGUCCUGGCAGAGACCACUAAGAAAAUGCUGUCGCAAGAGUCAUCAAAAUCCCAGUUCAUAAACCCAAAGAAAUUGAUCGGCAGACUGGAUGAUAUUAAUUGCAUGAUGAGUGAAUGGCAGCAGGAGGAUUCACACGAGUAUUUUAUGUCUUUGAUGUCGCGACUUCAAGAAGACGGCGUUCCUCGCGGGCAUAAACUCACAGAGAGUAUAAUGUACGAUAUUUUCGGCGGUCUACUGCGACAAGAAGUGACUUGCAAAAGUUGUGGACAAGUGUCAAAGACUGAACAGCCAAUUUAUGAUCUUUCGUUGCAUUUGAAGGGUAAGAAAAACCCCGAAACCACUGGGAGCAUAAACGCAGACUCUGAAGACGAACCUCAACGCCGUUUUUCCAUCGAAAAAUCCAUCAGAGACUUUUUCAAUCCAGAAUUGAUAAAAGCCGACAAAGCCACCAAGGAAGGUUACUUUUGUGAAAAGUGCCAGAAAACGACCAACGCCAGCAAACACAAUUUCAUUCUUAGAGCACCAGAGACGUUACUGGUUCACUUAAAGAAGUUCCGUUUCAACGGCACCUCGUCUUCAAAAAUGAAGCAAGCGGUAUCAUACCCAAUGUUCUUGGAUUUGACCGAGUUUUGCGAAGAUGCACAGAAAUCAACGCCAGUCAAAUACCAAUUGGUAAGUGUUGUUGUUCAUGAAGGUCGUUCCUUGUCCUCAGGUCAUUACAUCGCACAUUGUAAACAACCGGAUGGCUCCUGGGUCACUUACGAUGACGAAUACAUCAACAAGAUCUCUGAGAGACAGAUCUUGAAGGAACCGGGUGCUUACUACCUAGUAUACACCCGUUUAACACACAAGAGCAUUCCUUUAUCGGCGCCCUCCGGUACCUCCGGCUCAGAGACCGCUCGUCCUUCAGGUUACAGCACAAAUAGUAGCAGUUCGAGCGGUUCCAAGAAGAAGAAGAAGAAUAAGGGCAAAAACAAGUCCAAGAAACGGCGACUCGACAACUGA